AUGACCAAACCUCCUUCUCCUCCAGUUGUCUAUAACUGCUCAUGCACUCCCAAUGGUACUGUCACCCCUCCUCCUCCUCCUCCCCCUCCAUAUUAUACUCCUCCACCUGAUUAUAUUGUCAAGUACGACUACAAAGCUGUUGUAGCGGUUUCCGUUUCUCUAGGGGGCCUCUUGGUCGCUUUUCUCGUACUAGGCGUUUUCUGUCUUGCAAAACUCAAAAAGAAGCCCCUAUAUCCUCCACCUUCACCACCACCUACUACACCCCCUCCAAAUCCAUAUGCCCCAGUUCAUCACCCACCACCACCACCACCACCACCACCACCACCACCACCCGUGACCACUUCCUAUCAAUCCAUUGAGAUUCAAGAAUCUGGAUAUGCUGCUGCUGCUGCAGGUAGUGAACCAUCUUAUGAACCUGUGCCAGUCCCUCAUGAUCAUGCCCAUCACAACUAUGGCUAA